GCGAGGACGAGGAGUUGGGACCGCCGCCGUCAGUGGACGAGGCGGCGGACGCUCUGAUGACCCGGCUGGGCUUCCUGUUGGGGGAAAAGGUCCUCAGCGGAGAGCCGGGGUCGCCGUACCACGGUCAGGAUGACGGACAGAGGAUCUCUCCGUCCUCCAGUCUCGCCAGCAGCAGCGCCUCGCCGUGCUCCACCCUGCAGCCUCCUGCCGGACGAGACAAACACGCCGCCGGCCACGCCGCCGUCACCUCCCCGUCCUCCACGCUGGAGAGCAGAGACAGCGGCAUCAUAGCCACGCUGACCAGCUACUCCGCUGACUCAGCAGCAGAGCGGGACGAUGGCGGCGGCAAGUAUCCCGCUGAUGGUUACCAUGGCAGCAGCCCGAACCUGUGGCAGCAGGGGGGCCGGCCGGUGGUGGCCUCCACUUCCUCUUCCUCUGUGGUGGCAGCAGGAAGCGCCAACGACGGCUUCCUGUACGGAGUGGAGGACUACAUGGCCGCCUCCACUUACAGCCUCAACAAGCUCCACCCAGAGCGAGGCGCCAGCUCCGCCCGCUGCUCAGGCUCCACCCAGUCCAUCCCGCUCUACCUCAUGCCCCGCCCCAACUCCGUGGCCGGUAAGUCAUGCGCAUGUGUAAAUUUUUCUGCAUAACAGUGGACCUCCAUGUCGUUACACAUUCACCAACAGGGGACAUUUUUUCAGUCCCCACUAGGUCAUGCUCUAAAAUCACAU